AUGGCUUUGAUGUUGGCUCGCAGGUCACUGAACACUGUCCGUGCUCGACAUCUCGUUUUGUCAGGGCAAGCUUUGCAGGGAUCUUAUCUUUCUGGGUUGCAGUCUCGUGGUAUUUCUUAUGGGACCAAGAAAGAGGAUGAAGAAGCGGAACAACUUGCUAAGGAAAUCUCCAAAGACUGGAACACUGUCUUUGAACGGAGCAUAAACACUCUAUUUCUGACUGAAAUGGUCCGUGGUUUGUCGCUGACCCUCAAGUACUUCUUUGAUCCCAAAGUUACUAUCAAUUAUCCGUUUGAGAAGGGUCCACUGAGCCCUCGCUUCCGUGGUGAACAUGCUCUUCGAAGAUAUCCCACUGGGGAAGAGCGCUGCAUUGCCUGCAAACUCUGUGAAGCUGUAUGUCCAGCUCAAGCAAUCACAAUAGAGGCAGAGGAGCGAGAAGAUGGAAGCCGUAGAACCACUAGGUACGAUAUCGACAUGACAAAAUGCAUUUACUGUGGUUUCUGUCAAGAAGCUUGCCCGGUUGAUGCAAUCGUCGAAGGACCUAACUUUGAAUUCGCAACCGAAACACACGAGGAACUUCUCUACGACAAAGAGAAGCUUCUUGAGAACGGAGAUCGAUGGGAGACAGAGAUCGCCGAGAAUCUGAGAUCAGAGAGUCUCUACCGUUGA